AAAGGAACCAAGCACAAAAAGUAAGUUCUUUAUGUGAACCAUUCUGGUCGUAAGGGGUUCAAGGCCUGUUUUCGGUAUGCAUGUUGGCCCAGUCGAGCAACACUCGGGGGCUCUACUCCACAACCAUUACCUUCCCUCAGCCCACCGGGCCGCAAGAUUGCCAAUUAACUGCGUCUGUAGAAGAUCUAUACUAGCAGACAAAGCACAUGCAAUUGUAAGGUCGAGAAGUCGAGAAACACCGCUGCACCAAAAGUGCAGCAUGCGUGCUGGCAGGCAGCAGGCGAAAGCCUCGUCUGAGAAUGUGACAUCUGUCGAUGAGGAAGUGGGGCUGGAUCAGGCGCUCCUGGGUGAGCCGCAGGAGUCCAGCAAUGGCUCCGGAGGACCCCCCACUCCCCCAGUCGAUAAGGUCAUGACUGCGCUGCUCUUCCUCUUCCCUGCAAUUGGCGGUCUUCUAUUUGGUUAUGACAUCGGCGCAACAUCAGGCGCUCUGGUCUCUCUCAAGAGCGCGGUCACCAGUGGCACAUCCUGGUACGAGCUGAGCUCCUUCCAGUCGGGGUUUGUGGUGAGCUCAUCUCUUCUGGGUGCACUGGCGGGCUCUGCAGCCGCCUUUGUCGUGGGAGACAAACUGGGCCGCAAGAGGGAGCUCAUGCUGGGGGCCGUGCUCUACGGCACAUCGGCGGCGCUCAUGGCCUUCGCGCCUAAUCUGGAGCUGCUGCUUCUGGGCCGCACCCUUUACGGCCUGGGCAUCGGGUUUACGAUGCAUGCAGCGCCAGCCUACAUCGCCGAAGCAGCGCCCGCGAAUGUGCGGGGCCUGCUGAUCAGCCUGAAGGAGUGUUUUGUGGUGAUCGGCAUCCUGCUGGGCUAUCUGACAUCCUACCUCUUCAUCGAUGACGUCGGCGGAUGGCGUGCCAUGUACGGGCUGGCGGCAGGCCCCGCGCUCGUAGUCCUCGCCGGCAUGGCGUGGUUGCCGGACUCGCCGAGGUGGCUGCUGCUGAACGGCGACGGGGACGCGAAGGCGGAGGCGGCGUUGAUGCGGGCGCGGGGCAAGUACGGGGGAGAUCUGGGAAUGGUACGGGCCGAGGUGGCGGCCAUGGCGCGGUCCGUACGGGAGGCGCAGCAGGAGCCAGAAGUGGGUUUCUUUGGGCUGUUUAGGGGCCGCUUCCUGAAGCCGCUGCUGAUCGGAUCGUCAUUGAUGCUCUUCCAGCAGAUCACAGGGCAGCCCUCUGUGCUGUAUUAUGCCGCAGAGAUAUUUGAGAAGGCGGGCUUUGGCGCUGGCAAGGAUGCGACCGGGGUGUCAGUACUGCUGGGCUUAUUCAAGCUACUCAUGACGGGAGUGGCGGUGCUGAGUGUGGACAGUGUGGGGCGGCGGCCGCUGCUACUGGGGGGCGUGGGGGCCAUGGUGGGGGCACUGCUGGCGCUGGGGGGGUCCCAGCUGUUGCUGAGCGGGGGGACCGCCACUUGGACUAGUGUCAUCGCCCUGCUCAUGUAUGUCAGCUUCGGGCCAAUCAGCUGGCUGAUAGUGGGGGAGAUCUUUCCGCUGGCUGUCAGAGGGCCAGCCUCUGCGCUGGCCACCAUCACCAAUUUUGGAUCCAAUUUUCUGGUCAGUCUUGUGCUGCCUUCUGUUCAGGAGGCCUUUGGUCCGGGGGGCACCUACCUAGCCUUUGCAGGCAUUGGCGUGGUUGCACUCGCGACGAUAUUUGCCAUAGUUCCGGAGACCAAGGGCAAGACACUGGAGGAGAUUGAGGCUCUGUUUGACGGCAAGUCUGACUGA